UCGCCAUGUGGAGAGUCUCCGACCGAAGCUAUCUCGAAGAACUGCGUGUUCGAAGUCAUGUCUUUCUCGUGGCUCCCCAGAGUCUGUCAUGAUUCUGAACUCGAAGAGGAAUUUCUGAUGGGUGACUGGCACUGGUGGUCUUAUAAAUCCACUGGUGCAAGUACUGGCGGAUCUUAUGAGCUUCACGAAGUCCCAUUGACUGAUGUCGCAACUGGCCUACAUGAUGGGCUACACGUGACGUGGGGAUACCAUAUCACACACUGCGUGUUCAUGUGGAGAAAAUUGCAGAGAAUGGCUGUAGGAGGUGGAGUGAUCGAUGGGUACAUUGGGAAUACCAACCAUACACAGCAUUGCCAAGAGCUUCUGGUU